CGCUGACUGUCAAACGACAAUUUCUUCUACUCGUGGUUACAGAGGAAAAUGGCUGCCCACAAGUCUUUUCGCAUUAAGCGCGUCUUAGCUAAAAAGCUCAAGCAAAACUGCUCGAUUCCACAAUGGAUUCGUAUGCGAACUGGUAACAAAAUCAGAUACAACGCUAAGAGACGUCACUGGCGUCGUACAAAGUUGAAGUUGUAAAUCUGCAUCCAAACACAAUAUGCAAUCAACUAUCGUUGGAUAUAUCGAUAUUCAUCGAUAUGUGUUUAUGCUGUUUCUGAUUUUAUUUACUUUGUAAAAAGCCGAUCAUCGGCCAACUACAAACUGAAUUGAAUAAACAACAACAUUUCAAAAUGAAACAACUUCAUUAAAAACAACAA